UCGACAGAUCUGCUCUUCCACUCUGCAGCAUGAGACGUCUGACUUCGGGCUCCCUGGCCCUGCUCCUCCUGUUGGCACCUCUGAUCCGGGGUCAGAAGGUCGACGGGGGUGAUGGGAGGCCGACCUGCAGGCGCUGCGACCUCCAUCACUCCUGUAACUGCUCCUACAGCGGAUUCACCAGCGUUCCCAUAGUAACAGACCAAGCACUGAGCCUGGACCUUUCCUUCAACAACAUCACCAUGGUGACCCAAAAGGACCUGAUGGGACACUCACGACUGAGGGCUCUGGAUCUCCAUGGUAACCGGUUAGCUGAGAUCCAUCCGUCAGCGUUCGACUCUCUGUGGAGCCUGGAGGAACUGGAUCUUUCUGACAACCAGCUGAAGUUUCUCAACCCCAAGUGGCUCAAAAAUCUGGCAAUUCUGGAGCAUCUCAACCUGCUGAACAAUCCGUACAGCCGCCUUGGUUCCCCUUCGAUGUUUCUUGGACUCGUCAGACUGAGGAGGCUGAUGUUUGGAGGUCCAGGCCUGAAGGAACUACGGAGAACAGAUGUGUUUGGAGUCACGGAGCUGGAGGACCUCACUGUCCACGCGAACAACCUGGCCAGUUAUGACUCUGGCACAUUAGGAGACAUUUGGCCUCUGGGUCGUGUCACCUUAAGCCUCCAUGGUCCGUUUCUAACCAACGUGGCCUUGGCUGCAGCUGUGCUUGCGGAUGUAUCGUACCCUGAGACUCCGAUCAUCCUACAGGACCUCAAUCUGACUGGGCGUCAGUCUGUCCAGCCCUUCAGAGAGUCAGCCAACAAGAGGAUCCGAUCUCUUUCUUUACGUAACUCUUCUGUGUCCGAUGCCUCGCUUGUCGACUUCCUGAUGGUGAUGAAUGGAGACCCGCUCUCCUAUCUUCACGUGGAAGACGUCACGUUGAAAGGCGAAGGGAGGUGGGAGAAAGCCAACAAAACUGAUUACAAAAGCAUCGACGAGUUCUUUCUCCGAAAUGCUGUGGUGGUAGAUGUCUACAAGUUCACUGCGUUCCUACAGCUGGGUUUUCUUCUGUAUUACCCAAGGAAGGUGUCCGUCAUAAACUGUGGGGUGUUUGUGAUGCCCUGUGAUACAGCCAAGCUGCUGGUGAACCUGCAGUACCUAGAUUUGUCUGACAAUCUACUGACCGACCUGACCAUGGCAGAAUCGCUUUGUCAUGGAGCGCCAACGCUGAAAGAACUCAGAGUUUUAAACAUAAGUGGAAACCCUCUGAAGUCUUUGUCACUGAUUAGCCAUCUGGUGACCAACCUCCUGAAACUGACCCACUUGGACGUCAGCAGAACUCUGUACAGCUCAAUGCCCUCGAGUUGCUCCUGGCCCUCCACUCUGAAAUACCUUAACAUCUCCAGAGCUAAGCUAACCACCACCACUUCCUGUUUACCAAGAUCACUAGAGGUGCUGGAUCUGAGCUACAACGAUCUCAAAGGUUUCUCCCUGGACUUGCCUUUACUGAGGGAACUGUACCUCUCUGGGAACAAGUUCCUAGGAUUACCCGCUGGACAACCCUUUCCAAACCUACAAACUCUUACCAUGCAGUUUAACACUCUGAAUAUGUUCGGCCUCCCAGAGCUUCAGUCAUUCAGGCGGCUUGAGAACCUCCAGGCUGGUUACAACAAGUUCAUCUGCACCUGCGGUUUUGUUAACUUUUUCCAAUCACAACUAAAACAAAAAGGAAAUGUCAAGUUAACGGACAGAAAGGACGGUUAUGUCUGCGACUCCCCUCUCCACCUGCAGGGCGAGUUAGUGAGUCAGGUCCGUCUCUCGGUGGAAGCGUGCCACCGGGUUUUGUUUGUCUCUGUGAGCUGCGGCGUGGCCCUUUUAGUUGGGUUACUGCUAUGUGUUCUGCUGUGGCGACUCCAUGUUUUCUGGUACCUGAAGAUGACUUGGGCGUGGCUCAAGGCAAAGCGAAGUUCCCAAAAACAAAGAAGAGACACUACAGACUCAGAAGCGCUGCUGUCCUUUGAUGCGUUUGUGUCCUACAGUGAGAGGGACGCUGGCUGGGUAGAAAACUUCCUGAUACCUGAGCUGGAGGAGCAGAGUGAGGAUGGUUCCAGUAGUACCAGCUCCUCUCGGCCCAGUAAUACCAGCUCCUCUCGGCCAUUUUCCUUGUGCCUCCACAAGCGAGACUUCCUUCCUGGACAACCGAUCAUGGACAACAUCAUGAGCGCCAUCGAACGCAGUCGUCGUACUAUCUUCGUCCUCUCAGAGAACUUCGUCCAGUCCGACUGGUGCCGCUAUGAACUGGACUUCUCCCACUUCUGGCUGUUUGAGGUCGGCGGAGACGCUGCCAUUUUGAUUCUGCUGGAGCCGCUGUCCAAGGACGACGUCCCCAAACGUUUCUGCAAACUGCGCAAACUCAUGAGCUCCACCACCUACCUGGAGUGGCCUCAAGAGGAGGAGAGGAGGCCGGAGUUCUGGAGGAGUCUCCGCAACGCUCUGAGAGGAGACAAUGACUGACAAAAUAGAGCUUGAAUGUAUAGGGGAAGGAAAAAACAUCAGAUGCACUGAGGACUUUCUUGUGUAACUUAACCAAAUUAUUCAUGAAAAACUUACUGUAUUUUUGGGAAAGUGAAAUAUCUAUGUGCAAUGCUAUUUGGCACUCUGUUGGCUGGUGUUUGCAAAGCAACCAAUCCACAAUUGGAUUUCAUUUUCCUUGGUUCCUAUUGGCUGAACCUCCAAGAGUGGAAAUAAAUAAGAUGUUGGAUUUUAGCUUCUGCAGUAGCGCUAACAUGGCUUUCACUGUGUGUAUUUAUGCAUGUUGAGGUACAUUUGGUGUUUGAACUAUUGAGAAAGACAUCCACUCAUUUUUAGAAGGGAUAAGUUAUGUAAUUUAUAUUAGACUAUGAUCCAAGGGGACUGACUGAAACAUAGAAACUGGAAAACAUGCCAUAAGUAAUGCCUUGAAUAAGGUUGAUAACACAAUCAAAAGAUGCACUGUGCAUAUUGAAAAAAAUAAAAACAUACAAAAGAACAA